AUUAUGUCCUAUAACGGCGGGGCCGUCAUGGCCCUGAAGGGGGAGAACUGCGUGGCCAUUGCCGCGGACCGGCGGUUUGGGAUUCAAGCGCAGAUGGUGACCACUGACUUCCAGAAGAUUUUCCCUAUGGGAGAAAGACUCUAUAUCGGAUUGGCAGGACUGGCCACGGACGUGCAGACGGUUGCCCAGAGACUGAAGUUCAGGCUGAACCUCUACGAGCUGAAGGAAGGCAGGCAGAUCAAACCUCAGACUUUUAUGAGCAUGGUUUCCAAUCUGCUCUAUGAGAGACGGUUUGGACCUUACUACACAGAGCCGGUCAUUGCCGGGCUGGACCCCGUAACACACGAACCUUUCAUCUGCUCUCUAGACCUGAUCGGCUGCCCGAUGAUCACCGAUGACUUCGUGGUCAGCGGCACCUGCUCCGAGCAGAUGUACGGCAUGUGCGAGUCCCUCUGGGAGCCCGACAUGGAACCCGAUCACCUCUUCGAAACCAUCUCGCAGGCCAUGUUGAACGCAGUGGACAGAGAUGCCAUAUCUGGAAUGGGCGUGGUGGUACACAUAAUUGAAAAAGACAAGAUCACCACCAGGACCCUGAAAGCUCGCAUGGACUAGCCCAGCACAGCUGCUCACGUGUUUCGCACCCCAGUCUGCUUGGAACUCUUUUUUUAAAAUAAAACUCUACUGUAGUGAA